AUGUCGAGAUACGGCUGGUCUAUCGGCCGCGAACAGAUUUCGCCCUACAGUUCUAUGCCCAGCGGCGUCCCCGCUGUCACCGACGACGAUUUUAGCUACAUCACAUCUCAAGAUCUUGAUGGCGUCACCGAGGAUCGAUACUAUCCCAGAUCCCACUCGACUGCACCCCCACCAGCUCCAGAAGACGAUGUCCUCCUUAUCAAGAAUCGCGGCAUCACAUAUCCCGCUCAUUUCCCCGCAUAUGCGAUUGGAGAUGGAAAGUUGCGGGUGAUAGACGUCAAGGACCGGGUUGGUCUGAUGAUGGAACUUCCUGAGCGAGGAACAUCACGCAUCAAGCUUCUCUACAAGGGAAAGCAACUCAAGGACCCUAUGGCGCCAGUACGAGACUAUGGUGUUAAGAACAACAGCGAGUUGAUGGCGGUCAUGCCCGAGAUCAAUGGUGUCAGCAGUGGCUCAGAAGAGGAGAUGGUGAUUGUCGAUGCUCCUAGAGAAGACAGGAAGACUCGUCGCCGCAAGAAGAAGCGUGACAAGAAGAAGGGUAUCACCAGUGAUGGCGACUCCUUGUCAGGCAGCCCUCGAGACAGCGCUUCUACCUUCGACCACCCCAGAUCACCUCCAGCACCACCCACAUCUUCAGGCGCAACCAGUGGACCCAUGAAGGUUCUCGACGAUCUUGCUGUUGAGUACCAGAUCAAGUGGCUGCCUUUGUGCUCCGAUUACAUUGCGUCGCCACCUUCAGACCCAAAGAAGCGAGAGGAAGACCACCGAAGACUUUCUGAGAGCAUUAUGAUGCACAUUAUGUUGAAACUGGACGGCGUCGAGGCUGAAGGCAUGCCCGAAGUCAGAGCGCGAAGGAAGGAAUUGGUGAAACAGGUCCAAAAGACAUUGAAGGAUCUUGAUGUUGCAAAGGAAUCUUGA